AUGCGCAGCAUGAUGGGCGCUGAGCGAUCACCACUGCGCCUGUCCUCGUCCCUCGGGCGCAGUGAGGAGGAGGGGGGGGACGAGGAGGACGAGACCCAAAACCUAUUGCUGCCCGCCGCGGCCGAAGCACUCUACAACGGUGCAAGGCGGCGCACGGGACUGUUAUGGUUGAACAGCGGUGCUGCCGCAAUACCCGGUUGCGACGCUCUUCCUGCUGCUGCAAGCACCGAUCCACGCCGCGGUGGAGAAACCACUGCUGCUGCCGCAAGCGCUGCAAGCCAAUGGUGCAGCCCGAGCUCCUUCUUUGCGGACCUGGGCAUGCUGGUGAAGGUGUUCUUGCUGCGCGGCCUGUUUGUCGAGCGGCGGUGGGUGUUUCCGCUCAUCCUGACCGUCACCGCCACGGCGUACGAGGUCUGCGCGGCGAGUAUCCUCAGCGUCAUCGGCGACUUCUACUUGGCCAUAUCCACCUUGGACGCCCAACUUUUCGUGCAGGCAAAAAUCGAGCAACUCUUUGACUACACCUUGCUUAUAUACCACGUCCUGUGGCGGUCUCUGCUAGUCGUCACCGUGGUCGCCGCUCUGAAGGCAGGGAGAGAUCUGGCUAAGGAAGCGUGCGCGUUGGUCUGGCGGCAGCGGCUGGUCCUUUUCCUCCACUCCUGGUACCUUCGGGGGAAGAUGCCGUACGUGCUUUCCACGGGAGAGGCGGGUCGGGAUAAGCGCGGCGCGGCUUCUUUCGGAGUCGACGGGGGUGGCACCAGGGGCGGCGGGGACGGCGUCGCCGCGGGCGGGGACUCCAUGCUCAUCGACAACCCGGACCAGCGUGUUACGGCGGACGCGGAGGCGCUCGUCGCGGCGUUCGCCACGGUCUUGCACGAGACGCUUGUGGCGCCGGGGCUGGUGGCAUUCUACACGUGGUACCUCGUCAGCAUGUUCGGGUGGGUCGCGCCGGUCGCCUGCUACGUAUACUUCAUCGUGGCGUCUGCGAUCAACUGGUGA